GCUCUGCCACUGAACCACACUCUCAGUUCCAUGAAGAACACUCACGUGUCAUGGAUAACUUUGACUAAUCCAAAUGUUUGCUGCUGAGAUUUGUUUCUUUUGGCCACUGAAAUGUGUGGUUUUUCUGUAGGUUGGUCAGAGAAGGAUCUCGAAGAUAUCUUGGGAGGCGGGGGAUACAAACCUGAGAAGGAUAAAGGUGGAGCUCUGCAUCAGGAGAAUUGGUUUUUUUUCAAUAUGGAUACAACUAAGGAGGAAGAUGUAGGAGAAGAAAAUCGAACCGUGGUUUGCCAAGGUGCUGCGGUUAUCCGAAGAGGGUGGAAAAGAAAGAAACGAUAUCUGACCUUGUUCAAUGACAUUUUGGUGGUAUCCAGUAAACUAUCCAUUUGUGAAGCCAAAAAACACAACAUAAUGGGACUUCCCAUGCAGAUAUUCACUGAGGACAUUGCAUGCUGUGACACUAACAUUGAAGAUUACCAACUGUGGUUCUAUCCUGGCCCUGGGAAAGCUCCAAGAGUACUCCAAGAAUUCAUCUUGAAGCCCAGAAACUCAGCAAGAAGCCAGCAGCAAAAAAAUAUGAAGGAAAAAACUUUUAAGAAACAGAGAACUUCUAUGACGUCGCAGUUGGACAGGGGCUCUGUGCCCCACUAGGACCAAGUAUGCACCACCCCACCAGUUAAAAAGGGAAGAAAACUGUUUGGAAGAGAACUCAGUUCCAUUUGUCAGGAUGGCAUCCUGCCUGGAGCAAUUCUGGACAUGCUGUACCUACUAAAAAAGAAAGGGCCCACAACCACGGGUGUCUUUUUAGAACCUCCGAGUAUAACUUUGUGCCAAACAGUAAAGGACAAAUUGGAUUCGGAAGAGGAGGACUUCCUCCAAAACAUCCAGGGAAGUCUAAUGACUUCAAAACUAUAUGAUGAGUGGAUUGGUGUACCCGACAAGGUCAAUGAUGAAGAGAAAUUAGCCGCAGUGCAGAGUCUUUUAGAUAAAAUGCCACCUGAAAAUGCGGCUCUUCUGAGGCAACUUUUUUUUAUAUUAUAUGAAAUUAAAAAUAACUCUCCUUCUAAUGAAAUGUCUUCUUACCACCUAUCUGUUGGGUUAGCCCCAUGUCUCUUAUUCAUGCCCAGCUCCUGCAAUAAUGGAGUGACUGAUAUUGGCAAAAAGAUUUCUCUAGUAGAAUUUAUGAUCGAAAAUUCUCCAAAAGUUUUUGGAGAGGACUUGGCUGCAGUGUGGCUUGGAACAUCACUAUAUCAUCCUCCUGGAGGAAAGUCCUCAUGUUCCCAGAAUAAUGCAACAAAUAUUGGAAACAUUAAGGAAACCGAACAUGGACUCAGCAGCUGCCCCACUGGGAGGAUAUGUACUCCUGGCUAUAACACACGGCCGAGAAGUCCAGCUGCUCUUCCCUAUGAGGGCCUUCUAGAUUCACAAAAACACGAAGGCAUUGUAUAUACUAACCCAACGGUAAUAUCUAUUAAUCCACCACAAGCAAAACAGAAAUGUUUGUUUGGGAAAUCUCUUUCGGGUCUUUUAGAAGACAAAACGUUGCUUAAUCCAAAACUUGGCUUCAGCAUAACCGAGUCCUUCCUGCCCCCCACCAGCAGCCCUAGUGAACACCGCCGGGCCGAGCCUGGCAGCGGGCUGACCCGGACUCCCAGCUCCGAGGAGAUCAGCCCUACAAAAUUUCCUGGAUUGUACCGAAUGGAUGAGCCUUUGCCUCCCCAUGACAUCCUCCACGAGCCUCCUGAUAUCGUGUCAGAUGAUGAGAAAGACCAUGGAAAGAAAAAGGGAAAAUUUAAGAAAAAGGAGAAAAGGACUGAAGGCUACGCUGCCUUCCAGGAAGACAGCUCUGGAGAUGAAGCUGAAAGUCCUUCCAAGAUGAAGAGGUCCAAGGGAAUCCAUGUGUUCAAAAAGCCCAGCUUCUCUAAAAAGAAGGAAAAGGAUUUUAAAAUCAAAGAAAAGCCCAAAGAGGAAAAGCCCAAAGAGGAAAAGCACAAAUAGGAAAAGCAUAAAGAAAAGAAAUGUAAAGACUUGACGGCCGCCGAUGUUGUUAAACAGUGGAAGGAGAAGAAGAAAAAGAAGAAGCCAACUCAGGAGUCAGAGGUGCCUCAGACGGACGCCCCGAGUCUCGGACCCAUUUUCGGCGCUCCCUUGGCUGACGCAGUAGAGAGGACCAUGAUGUACGACGGCAUCCGGCUGCCAGCUGUCUUCCGAGAGUGCGUGGACUACAUGGAGCAGCACGGCAUGAAGUGUGAAGGCAUGUACCGAGGGUCAGGAGUCAAAUCAAAGGUAGAUGCAGCCUGUGAUCGAGAGGAGUCUCCAAACCUGGAAGAAUAUGAACCUAACACUGUAGCCAGCUUGCUGAAGCAGUAUUUGCGAGACCUUCCAGAGAAUUUGCUUACCAGAGAGCUUAUGCCCCGAUUUGAAGAGGCUUGUCAGCAGAGGACCACAGAGAUGGAGAAAGUGCAGGAGUUCCAGCGCUUGCUCAGGGAACUGCCGGAGUAUAACCAUCUUCUGCUUUCCUGGCUCAUUGUGCACAUGGACCACAUCAUUGCGAAGGAGAUAGAAACCAAGAUGAACAUCCAGAACAUCUCUCUAGUGCUGAGCCCAACUGUCCAGAUCAGCAACCGGGUCCUGUAUGUGCUUUUCACACACGUGCAAGAGCUCUUUAGCACCGUGGUCCUGAAGCAAGUAACAAGACCUCUGCGUUGGUCCAACACGGCCACAAUGCCUACACUGCCAGAGACCCAAGCAGGCAUCAAGGAAGAGAUCAGGAGACAGGAGUUCCUUUUGAACUGUUUACAUCGAGAUCUGCAGCGCGGGAUAUAGGACUCAUCUAAAGAAGAAAGAUUAUGGGAAGUACAGAGGAUUCUGACUGCCCUCAAGAGAAAGCUGAGGGAAGCUAAAAGACAAGAGUGUGAGACCAAGAUUUCCCAGGAGAUAGCCAGCCUAUUGAAAGAGGAUGUUUCCAAAGAAGAAACGAAGGAAAUUGAGGAGGUCAUAAAUAUCCUCCUUGCCCAGGAGAAUGAGAUCCUGACUGAGCAGGAGGAGCUCCUGGUCAUGGAGCAGUUUCUGCGUAGUCAGAUCGCCUCGGAGAAAGAAGAGGUCCACCGCCUCCGAGCUGAGAUUGCGGAGAUCCAGAGUCACCAGCAUGGCCGCAGCGAGACAGAGGAGCACUCUUCUGACAGCGAAUGCGAGAGCAAGGAUGAGGAGGAGCUGCAGAUCAUUCUAGAAGAAGACUUACAGAGGCAGAAUGAAGAGUUAGAAAUAAAGAACAAUCACUUGAACCAAGCAGUUGGUGAAGAGCGGGAGGCCAUCGUUGAGCUCCGAGUGCAGCUCCGGUUGCUCCAGAUGCAGCGAGCCAAGUCUGAGCAGCAGCUCCAGGAGGAGGAGCCCGAGAGGCAAGGGGACACAGGCCCACUGCCUUGUGAAGGUGUCCUUGAGGUGAUAGCAGCCAAGGAGCAGGUGAAGCCCUCGCCCAGCAAAGACCCGAAGGAGACGCAUCUGAACUGCCCCGGCCUUGUGCAUCAUACUGUAAGCAAGAGUCCACUGCCUGUCCUGCCUGGCAGCGUUCCGUAAAGGCUCUCAGAGAUGCUCACUCUUGCACACGUCUGACUCCGCGUCAGGCUCAGGUCCUGGGAGAGUGAAGGGGUGGACACUCGGUGGUGGGGGGCUUGCAGGGAACACAGGCAUUUCCAGAUAGUGUCAGCUUAUUUGAAAAUUAAUUUUCUUUGAUAAAAAUAACUAUUUUAACCCUUGAGUGGCUUAUUUUUAAACCAAAAAACUUGUUGUUGUUGUUGUUGUUCUUUAAAUCACAGUAGAAUCAGGAUCUCUUUCUUAUCAAAGGGUGGGAACCAAACCAGGUCACUUCUGCGCCUGCCUUGUGGACGCUCGUGGUCUUACCAGCCCUGCAGGGUCCCUGGCCACUCUUGCUUGUGCCUUCCACACCUUUUGGUGCAGAUUGUUCAGUGGGGAUCUGCCUCAUAUUCUCUGACUGGCCAAAAAGGCUCACGCUGGGGUUCCUUGUUCCUGCCCUGUGUGUACCACUUUUCUUUUCCAGCUCCGAGUCUGUCAAUGUGAGUCAGGACGGCCCAGUUUGGUUGCAGAGGGAGGUUACCAUGCAGCCUGCCACCAGCCUGGGCAGGGCAGGCCACCCACUCACUGCCAGGGAGCAGCAAGGGCCUUUUCUCAGAGGUGGUCAGAGAUGACCACCUUGACCCUGAGGUUGCACAGGACACUUCUCACACCAGAGUCCUUUUCCACACUGACCUUCCAGGAAAGUCACCUUCCACAGUGACUUCAGUUGCUAGCUUGGGCUGGGAUACCCACACCUCUGCCAGGAUAAGCCAUGUAGAUGCUCUCAUGCACAACUUUCACCUGUCCAUGUCAUCUCAAGGGGCUGCUUAAGGACUCUGACAGAACUGAGCGGAAGGAAGGAAAGCAUAACUGUAAUUGACUGCACCUGGUGUUUGCCUCUAACCCAAGACAACUGCUCCCAGCGGUCUGGGAGGCCGGACUCUGAGGCAACAGGAUUUCACUGUCAGAUGAGUGGCCCCCAGGGAGGUCCCCUGUGGCUCUGAAGACAAAUGCCACACUCUAAAGUGAGCAACAAAACCACAGGAGGGCUCUGUCUACUCCCCAGUUAGUAUUUAUUUCAGCACCUGUUUUGUGCGAUUUUUCAUUAGCCUCUACCUAUUGCACUGUUGUGACUUGUUGGCCAUUAUUUGAUUUUUGUACAGAAAAAAAAGCUUUGUUAUAGAAAUCAGCAUAUUUUUUUUUUUAAAUCUGGAGAGAAGAUGUUAUGGAGACUGGAAAGGUGGUCAGGUGUCAAAUGAAAAUGUACAAAUGCCUUGCUGCACUCGUCAGAUGUGCGACACUCAUUCUAUAUUUGCUGGCAAUAUCGAAGAAUUCUUUUUGUUUGUGUAAACUCUAAUUUCUAUCAAGGUAUCAUGGGUUUUUAAAAUUUCAUUACAAAUGUCUCAAUGUUGGUUAACUAAUUUUUGCCAGGACCAUUAUUGAUUAAGGAAAUAAAUUCAGCGGCCUUUGAGAAAAAAAAAAAAUGGUGUUCCAUGUUGGAUAUUGCCCUCCCUACAGUAGAUACAUGGAAUUGUUUUCAUUCCCAAUCAAAAACACUAACCAGCAAUUUCCCUUUUCUGAAUAUUCACACUGGUCCCUGAGGGAUAAGAUAGACACCGAACGAUAUAUUAAUUGGAAUGAAGAACGCGUGCUUGUUAUACCAUCCCUGUUUUCUGGAACCAUGGACUCAUGAUCUCUUGAUAAGACACAUGGCAGGUAAAAGUCUGACAAAGAUUAGAAUGUCACAAGAUUCAUCCCAAAGACACAGGUGAGCAGCUUCUGUUGGAAGGUAAAAUAAUCAUAUAACAGAUCGGCUUUAGUUUGGUGUUAUAUAUAUUCCCACUGAUUCACCUCGGGCCGUAUAUUGUAAAGCAAUAGCAGGACAAGUAGUAAUAGUGAUAAAAGUGUGUUUUACAAAAUUCAUGUCUUAAAUAAUACUUACCAAAACUUACCCCUCACAAAUAACAGUUCAAAAUGGCUAGUCCACCACUGACCCACAAUAGGCUGUCAAUGUUUGAUAUUGCCCUCUGUCCAGUAGAUAAACAAAAUUGUUUUUCCUUCUUAAUCAAAAAACAAUCCAGCACUUUAACUUUUGCUGGAUAUUGACAUUCUAAUUCCAUGUCAAGUAGUCAAAAAUUAACCUAAGCUACAUUUAACCUGUCUACCACUCUUAAUUUGCCAGGGAGCUGCAGUGAGUCUAGAGCAAAUAUCAUUGUUUUAUUUCUGUUUGGGCCUUGAUCUGAAUUCACCUCUCAGAAGACUAUGGACCUAUGGCCCAGACAUCAAGAGAAAAGAUAGUGUUCUGCGAUUAACUAUGUUUAGUAACAUUGGGCAAAGAUACCCAAUGAUUCCUCCUUGGCUCUUGAGCUUGCCAAGUGUGUCUGGUUCAAAUUGCCAGAAACUUGGGACCACAUCAUGGGGAGAAAGUUAAGAUCAGUGACUGAAGGUAGCCAUGUGCAUUCAAAGCAAUUUACAGGUAUAAGAGCACCUGGGAUUCUUCCAAUUUUAUGACUUGCUACCUUUAGUACAACAUGAAAGUUAUUUGUGGUAUUUUACGAACAAAGACAGUUUCUGUUCUUUAAACAAACUGAUGCUUACAACUUAAUUUAUAUUGUUGAAUAUUUACCAAUUUUAAGAAAAAGGUAUGAAACUGAGACGUUCUCAUGUGGAAAACAUAUAAGAAACUUCAUCACUAUUCCAGGUGGUCUGUAAGCAGAGGUCUACAUGUAUAUUACAACUUUACUCUGUGUGUACUCUACACAUUCACCAAAUUAUACAAUUAGGAUCAAGUAAUUUCUGGUGCUGCCAUUUUUUGACAGUUGCCUAUUUCCAAGAAGAGGACUAUGGUCUUUGUUUCUUUGUUUUGUUCAUUUAUUUUAUUAGUUACUAUCAUCAUCAUCAUCAUUAUUAUAAUCAUUAUUAUUAUUUUACAUUUAUUUAUUUGUUAAUUUUAUGUCUCCUAUGCUGACACACACCCCCAUUCUCUCUUCACAAAGCCUUUUUCCUUCUCUGAGCCAGUUACGGGCCCCUGGUUUAUCCUACUACCCUGGCACCUCACUCUGUUCAGGGUUAGACCAUCUUCUCCCCUAAGGCCAGUUGGGGAGGGGUUUCAAGUCAAGAGCUUGCAGAUAGCUCUGCUCCACAUGUUGGGGGACGCACAUGGAGACCAAGCUUUACGUUUGCUAUAAAUGUGCAGUAGGUCAUGGUACAGCUUCUGUAGGCUUUUUAGAUGGUAAUUCAGCUUUUGGUAGCUCCUAGUGGUCCUGUGUAGUUGAUUCUGUAGCUCUUCCUAUGGAGUUCCUAUCUCCUUUAGGGUGUGGAAUCCUUCCCCCAUUUCUUCCGUACAAGUCCCUGAUUGAUCCAUAAAAUCCAAUGAUUGGCUAUGGCUCUUCAAUCCUAUUCCAGUCAGCUGCUGGAUGGAGCCUCUCAGAGAGCACUUAUGAUAGGCUCCUGUCUGGAUAUUCCAUGUAGGAGCUGGUUUCCUUUAGGCAAAGAGAGCUUUGAGCUGGGAAGUGGAGUGGAGAUCUAUGAUUGCAAGGAGUGGUGUAGUCUAGAAGCCAGGAGAGGCAAUUUGAACAGACGGUAGGUUUACUUCACUGCUAUAGCAACUAGGACUCUGCUUCAUUGAUUCUAGUCUUAGGGAAGAAAAAAAUAAGAUCCUGCAUAUAGGUUCCACUUUUGAGCCAAGAUUCUGGAGCCAUGGCAGUUUGGGAAUCUUUUAGGGAAGUGCACUCUCAACCAAUGAUUCUCAGCCUCCCUAAUCCUGUAACACUAAUAUUUUUCUCAUGGCUUUGUGAAUCUUAACCAUUACUUCUUUUUGCUUCUCUUCAUACUUCAAAUUUUGCUCCUGAUGUGAUUAUAAAGAAAAAUGGAUAGAAUAUCUGAUAUGGAAAAUAUAUUUGACCCUGUAAUGAUUAUGACCCACAAGUUGAGAAUCACUGGUCUAAAUUGCUAAUUUUAAACAAAAAUGUUUUUCAAGUACUUUCUACAAUGUACAUUGACCAUUACUUUUUUUAUUUUCAAUAAAAAAAUGAUUUUAUUGUUAA